AUGAAGUUGCUCGCUAUCUCAUUCACGAUGGUGGCAUUUGCGGCUUCCAAGGCAAUCCCUUUGCACCUCCCGACUGCUGAUACUCUCAUCACUCAAGCUCUGGUCGCGUUCGGCGGCGAGAAGGCAAUUGCGGGAAUUGAAGGGAUCACCUAUCACUCUCCAAAUGUCUAUCAUUCCCGCAGUCUUAUGCAGAGCUACAACUUGGACAAAGCAGACACGGCUGUCGCAAUUUCCGGUUCUCAGAACAUAUCCUUCAGCUAUGCCUCUGAUCAGUUGACUCAGCGAAUUGACCGUACCUUCAAGCCUAGCGAGUAUUGGUAUUGGGCAUCUGCGAGACUUGAUGAGUUCGACUACUCUCUCGUCGUUCAUGGUGGCAAGGAUGGAAUUGCGUGCUACGUUCGCGGAAAAAACCAGAUCUGGCUUCCUGCAAAUCUUACAUCCGGAUACGUUGAUGCUGCCCUUGCAGAAUUUCUUGUCGUGCAAGGAAACGUCUUUUCGCCAAAGCUUCUGUUGGAGAUGAAAGCUCAUUAUGGUACCAAGGCCAUUGAGGUUUUGAUCAAUGGGAUCAAGACACCUGCUGUUUAUGAUCCCGUUCUCGAAAUCACCGUCAUCUUCGAUGCUUCUAGUCAUCUCCCUCACAUCAUCCGCACAGAAGAGAAUCACAUGAUCUAUGGACCUUCGACAAACGACCUUUACCUUUCUCAAUACAAAGCGGUCGAGGGCAUCAAAUUCCCACACACGUUCCAAACUGUCUAUAACUCUACUACGCAGAAGCUAGAUGCAAUACUGGAGGAGUUCAUCGUUGAGGAAAUCACUAUCAAUCCCAAAUUUCCCAAAAACUACUUCAACGGCCUCUCGGAAGGAAAAGGAUUCUUUCCCAGAGAAGCGCCCAAGAGGACUGAAGGUCUUAGUCAUGCGCACAUUCUCGAAUUCAGCAGCAACAUGCUUUGGUCUGGUCCUGGGUCUGGCAUCAGCAACAUCUCUGUCGACAGUAUUAAGCACAAGCAUAUCGUCCCGGGUCUGCCCAACGCUCACUGGCUGAUUCCCGACGACGGCUUUUUAGGGGUUAAGCAGUUCGUGAUUGAGUUCGAGGAUCAUGUUAUCGUCGGCGAUGCACCGGCCCAGUGGACUAAGCAAGUCAUCGAAUGGAUUGAGAGGAAUAUUGGCAAGCCUAUCAAAUAUCUUUGGCCUACUCACCAUCACCGUGAUCACAGCGGAGGAGCUCCUGAGUAUGUCAAAAUUGGGGCCAAGUUGAUCGUCCCCAAAAUUGCAUCAAGCUACUGGUCAAGCAUUCCCGGUGCAGAGCUCAUCACCUUCAACGAUAGCAAGCACCAAGCCUGGUUCAUCUGGGAGCAGCAAGCCACACACUCCAUUGACUGGUCAUAUGCCUUUGUCACUGACAGGUGCCCUACCAACAAAUCGGGCAUUGCUGUCAUUGAGGCUGACGCUUGGCACCCCGGUAUGCCUGAUGCUAACAAUGACAGAUGGGAAAUGCGUGAGUGGCUUGGCCAGCUCGAUAAGGAUGGGCUGCCCGAAAGUGCCUAUUUGAUACGCUGCGGUGAGGCAUCAGCUGGAUAUAAGGAUGACCUUAGCCAAGUAGCGUAUGAGUGCCUCAGAAAGUACCGCGGACGCUCGCCUGAACAGAACUUGCGAGGUAUGAUGAACCAGUACCCGCCAGCGCCUGUGCUAAUGCAAGUCAAGGGCUGUCGGAAGAGGAAGAUCAGAUGUAUCCCAGACCCUACCACAUCGCAGGCCUCGCCAGAGAAGUGCAAGCGCUGCAGAAAGCUGAAUAUGGAAUGUAUCUUUAACGCUCCAGCAAUAAGGAAAAGACGGAGGCGAAAUGAAACAAGAAUUUAUGAGCUUGAACAGAAGCUCGAGGAGGUUCAGCGAGCUGUCGCCACAGCAGGCCAAAGAAACCUAGGCAUACCGGCGAUCUCGGAACCCUCAAUAACGCCCGCGAGUACCCAAGACUCAUCUCUAUCAUUUGGACAUGUUUCAACCACAUCUCCCAGCCAUUCCACAUCUUAUGAGAGUACAAGUGGAUCGCCGGGCAAGGGAGACCCUGUAUCUCGAGGAAUAAUGGAAGAAUCACUUGCAGAUGAACUUUGCACCGAGUUUUUCACUCACAUGUUACCGCAUUACCCUCUGAUACUUCCUGACGCUCCCCUCUCAUGGCGAGCCUUGCAACAAGACCGACCAGCACUCUUCCGGGCCAUACUCGCAACGUCAUCAAGCAGCGUUAAACCAGAGCUCUGGACAUCGCUCUUCCGAGAUGCAGAGCGAUAUGUCAUGGAGCAAGCCAUGAUUUACGGUCGCAAAUCUGUGGACCUCAUACAAGCUGCUCUGGUUCUUGUUACUUGGAGUCAUCCACCGGACAAGUUCCAGCAUUUGAACUUUGGCCAGUUUAUCAAUAUCGCAGCAGCUAUGGUGAUUGACCUGCAAUCCUCAAAUGACGAGCAGCAUCGAAUUCCGUCACCUAAUCCCAAGGCUAUGUAUUCAAAGGAAUACUUGGAAACCGGUCCAACACCUCUUGGUCGUCUAAUUCACAGCAGUUAUGCUGACUGCAUAAAUACUUUGGAAUCUCCAGCGAGCGCACAUAUCGGUGAUCGACGCUUGGCAGCAUGGAUUAGACUCCAGCGGCUUGCAGAGGAGUCACUUGCUAUAGCCAGAGUCGGGUCAGAUGAGAAUUCAGAAUAUAAUCAUUCAGACCCGCGUACCCGUUUUAUUCUACAAGGCUGUCUCGGCCGUGUCAAGGAUUGGAGACGGAAUUUACCAGCAGAGGUCAUGACCCUAACUCUCGACAUACACUACCAUGUCAUUCUUCUCACCCUUUAUGAACCAGGUUUGUAUCAGAAUCACGAAUUUCGAGAUUUCCGCCCUCCAUAUGCCAUAAACACUUUGCUCUCUGCGAACGCAUUCGCUCCAGAUUCGCCAGAGUAUGUUGAUGCGCGCAUAGAAUGCCUGAGUGUGGCUCGUAACCUGGUUCAGUUGUUCCUGAAAUUCUCUUUCAAUACACUACAGCAAGUUCCUGUAAUCGUCUUUACCAGGAUGAUGUACGCUAUUGUCAUGAUCAUCAAGCUUGACGUUUUCCAUAAACCGACCGCCGAUCGUAUAACUGUAUCCGAAGCCGGACCGAUCUCUUCCCUUGAUUUAAUAACCCUUGUUAUUGAAAAGCUCAAGUUGGCAUCGGACGGAGGACGCAUCUCUAUACCAACAAUCUUCCAUGCCGUGUUGGGGAGACUACACAACCGAUGUGUCGAGAGUUACUGUCGUCUAGCCAUGGGCCAAGGGGAGUUGAACGAGACCAUCAAACCACUAAUGAACCUUCAAGUUCAAGAUUCGAGCAGCGAAAAACAAGAUAUACCUCAAAAGGUACACCAAGAGCGCCCAAUAUCUCAGCAACAGGUCUUGGGGCUUGAGGAUCUUCCUCAGCAGCCGGAACAUAGUCUCUUCCCAGACCCAGUUAUGCUGCUAGAUGAUUACUUUUCAAUUGCAGCAGCCAAUAUUGGCUCAGAGGUGCUCUGGAACAAUUUCUUUACUGAAGAAGUUUCGCCUACAGGUACAGGAUAG